AUGAACGACCCAAUUCAAGAUAUUCCAGAAAUUAUAGGUCUUAUUCUUGGCACAAAAAAUACCUAUAAUUCACAAGAUGUUGCAAAAUAUUAUUGUGAACAAGUUGAAUUUAAAAAUUUCAUGACUUAUAUUCCCAGUGGUCGGUGUUCUCGAGACCGUUUUGUCGCACUAAAUCGAUGUUAUAGAGGAUAUAUACAUUCUGAUAAUAAAACGACUGUUCAUGAAGUAUUUUUUAACGAAGAACACAAUAAGGCUGUAAUUGACGUAACACAUUUUGCGCGUCGUGGUGUUUUCUUCUGGGUCGAACAACCAAUACGAGUUAUGAUAAAAUUAGAUUUAACUUACGCCAAUGAUGGAAAAUAUGUUAUAAAAAAACAGGAAAUUUUGUGUCAACCGGAGGAACUCAUUGGCGGCAUCGCACCCUAUUUAGUUCCAAGUUUAUUGAUUUUACUAAAAUCAUUUUUUACUACGACUUGUGUUGUCAUUGGAAAGUUGCGUGAGUUGAUUGGAUGUAAAUAG